ACUCCUUCCCAGUCUGUGUUUGAGCUGCCUGUUCAUGGUGUGUGUCCCUGAGUGAUACUACAAACUAGAAUUUGUUGACUGUUCACUGCAGCAGCCAGACCUCCGGCUUCAAGAUAUCAAAUAGGAAGCUAUUUUUUAAUCUGCAGCUGGAAAAAAAGACUUCCAGCCGGUCACGUGGAACACAGUUUACGAAAGCUGUAGCAGUAACUCGGCUGGACUGUCAACAGCCACUACUGGUAUUGUUUUUGUAAGGAACAGCAAGAGCAAUGAGUGACUUCAUGGACGACAGCUCGGUAAUGCCGAUCGUGUCCGGAGUGGUGGGUGUUGUGAUCUUCCUCCUCCUCAUCAUCUUGUGCUGCACAUGCUCCUGCUGUUGCCUGUACAAAAUGUGCAGGGGAAGCCCACGACCGGUCAUUGCAGAUAAUGCAACGACCACUACUACAGUGGUGCAAGUGCCAUAUCCACAGCAGCCUACUGCAGGUCAGACUUACCCUGGAGCACAGUACCCAGCCUACCAGCAAGUGCCAGUCCAGCCACAUUUCGGAAACCCAUCCAUGCCCACAGCGCCCUAUCCCGGUCAGCAGUACCCACCAGUCUACCCACCCCAGGUGUCUGGGCUACCUCCUCCCUAUCAAGAGGUUGUCUCAGUUGGUAUGGGAGCCCUUCCUUAUCCCCCAGCUGAGCAGGGAUAUAACACCAAUCAGCCCUACUGCAACCCUUCGGGGCCGACCUACAACCCAGACCAGCCAGCCUACAACCCAGCCUACAUAGACCCACACAAGCCAGGCUACUGAAAUGGACAUCUGCAAAUUCCAAACGCAUCAUCAAUACUGUUGAUCUGCCCCUGCUAUCCGUGUAGGAAUAUAGUGACAACAAGAGAACUUUAUGAAUAUGUUAUCCUUGGAUGAUUUGGCUUUUUUGGAAUAUUUUCUGUUUGCUUUUUAUUUGCCUUCUAAAAAAGCACUUCAGAAGUUUUCCUCUAGUGAAUUAUUUAAAAGUAGAUAUAGAUAAAAUAUGGUUUCAUAGAUAGAAGUAUAAAAUUAUGUUGGUUUAUUCCAAUUAUUUUUGCGAAAGGGAAUAUUUAUAAAACAAGUCCAAAAUUGUAACAGGUAGAUGGAAACACUCCCAUCUUAUAAGAUCCAGUGAUACACACAAUGUUGGGAUGGGGAUAAUACUAGAAAUCAGUGUUUGAAACCGUGCUCCUGUGGAAAUUAUUGGUAUAUGUGUCCUUGCAACUUACUCAGAAGUUGUGAUGGUCAGGGAAAAAGCAAAUGUAUGCUAAAAGGUGUAAUGUUAUUAUUAUUUUUUUUACACACCAACAUUUGAACUGCUAUUGUGAAAUACAAGAUACCAAAAUGUCUCAAUACGCGUACAUCAAUUAUUAUUUUGGUUAACAGUUGUAACAGUGAGGUUAGUUAGACUGUAGUGCAACCUGCAGGACGUUGACAGAACUGCUGUGUAUUUUGUGAGGAUGAUCUUUCUUUCCGUUGUUUCAAGAUCGGGUUGAAUUGGCCUGUUACAGAACAUGUUUUCUGCACUGUUUACUCAGGUUUACGCACGCUGGAGACUGUUUCUUUUUAAAAUUGAAAACCACUUCAUUCCAACUUUUUUAUGGGGACAACAGAAAAAAAAAAAUACAAGAAAUGCCUUGCAGUGUUUAGGUAAUAAAAUGCCACCUGGAUGGAAGUACAAUUUCUAAUUCAAGCUUUAAAAUGACUAGUAGGUCUUAAGUCAUUAUCUGUAAAGGCAUGUUUUAGGGGUCACUGUAAAAGUUGAGACACUGUGUUACUUUUUUGUGUUUUAUGUGUGAAUAUUGAUAUAGUUCUCUGUCAUAGACAUACCUGAACUGCCUUUAUAAAGUGCCUUUACUGUG